UCAUUCCAUUGCACACACCGAGCGGAGCAUAAGCCUUCCACAGACACGCCGAUAAUUCGCUCAGGGACCUACAAUAUAUAAACCAAGGCGACUUUUUCGGGAAGUACACUUUAUCAUGUUUGUAUGUACGCGUGAACAUGCAUAACUGGACUACAUUAUGGUUAUGACAGAAGAAGUGCGGGGAAUCCAUACAUCUUGACUACAGAAAAAGUAUUUGGACCAUUCCCAACGAACUCAGUGAAACGGACCUAUAUUUCCAUUUCGUUUGUACACGAAUUCUUACUGGAGAUAUGCUCUCAAUGGUUGCCUACAACUGAACAAUUUGUCUUCGGGUUGAUUUGGCAAAUGCGAGGUAUAGACUGACUGGAGGAUUUGUGCACGUUCGUUCUUCUCCGGCACGGAAAUUAUUGAACAAGCAGAGAAGCCUCAACCUGCGCUAUCGUCCUUCAGACCCCCCCACAUAUUACCGUUUUCGCUGCUGUUUUAUGGAGGUAACUCUGGGUUUUGGGGCUUGACGCAGCUGGGACUGGGUGCGUGGAGCGUCGGAACACUUCGGAUUGUAUUCCCCCCUCCAUCCCUCUCUCCCGUGGGUCUAGUUUCAUGUCCGUGCUGAGUGCAUUAUGACAAUGGAUUACUUUCUGGUUCUGUGCAGCCUUACGCUGCCGAUGGUGUCGGCCGUUGAAGAAACUUUGAUGGACACCAAGUGGGCUACGACAGAAUUGGCCUGGACCGCGCAUCCCGAAACUGGGUGGGAGGAGGUGAGCGGCUAUGACGAUGCCAUGAACCCCAUCAGGACGUACCAGGUGUGCAACGUCCGCGAGAUCAACCAGAACAACUGGCUCCGCAGCGACUUCGUCCCGCGCAAGGACGUGCUGCGCGUCUACGUGGAGAUGAAGUUCACCGUCCGCGACUGCAACAGCAUCCCCAACAUCCCCGGCUCCUGCAAGGAAACCUUCAACCUCUUCUACUACGAGUCGGACUCGGACUCGGCCACGGAAACCAGCCCCUUCUGGAUGGAGAACCCGUACGUCAAAGUGGACACUAUCGCGCCAGACGAGAGCUUCUCCAUGCUCGAGUCGGGCCGGGUCAACACCAAGGUUCGGAGUUUCGGUCCUCUCUCGAAGGCGGGCUUCUACUUGGCCUUCCAGGACCUCGGAGCGUGCAUGUCCCUCAUUUCGGUGAGGGUCUUCUAUAAGAAGUGUUCCACCACCAUCGCGAACUUCGCCGUGUUCCCCGAAACGGCGACCGGGGCGGAGGCGACUUCUCUGGUCAUUGCCCCCGGGACUUGCGUGUCCAACGCCUUGGAGGUGUCCGUGCCCCUCAAGUUGUACUGCAACGGGGACGGCGAGUGGAUGGUUCCUGUCGGCUCCUGCACAUGCGCAUCUGGAUUCGAGCCCGCCAUGAAGGACACCCAGUGUCAAGCGUGCAGCCCGGGCACGUUCAAAUCCAAGCAAGGUCUUGGCUUCUGCUCCCCGUGCCCUCCCAACAGCAGGGCCAGCUCCGGAGCCGCCAGCGCCUGUGCCUGCAGGAACGGCUACUACCGCUCCGACACCGACUCCAUGGACUCAGCCUGCACCACCGUCCCCUCCGCCCCUCGAAAUGUCAUCUCCAACGUCAACGAGACCUCCCUGGUCCUGGAGUGGAGCGAGCCCCGCGACUCGGGCGGCCGCGACGACGUCUUCUACAACGUCAUCUGCAAGAAGUGCCUGCCCGAGCGCGGCGUGUGCUCGCGCUGCGACGACAACGUGGACAUUGCCCCUCGCCACCUGGGCCUCACGCAGCGCCGCGUCGCCGUCAGGAACCUGCAGGCCCACACCCAGUACAGCUUCGAGAUCCAGGCGGUCAACGGCGUGUCCACCCGGAGCCCGUACACGCCCCAGUUCUACGCCGUCAACAUCACCACCAACCAGGCCGCUCCCUCUGCAGUGCCCACGGUCCACCUGAUGGGGGCGACAGCAAACACCAUGAGCCUUUCCUGGCUGCCCCCGGAGAAACCCAAUGGAAUCAUUCUGGAUUACGAGAUUAAGUACCAUGAGAAGGUAAGCAGCAGUGACCAGGCCGAGGCCAUCGCUCACACCAUGACGGCCCAGCGCAGCUCGGCCCGCAUCGAGGGUCUGAAGCAGAGCACGCCGUACGUGGUGCAGGUGCGGGCGCGCACGGUGGCCGGCUACGGACGCUACAGCAGCCCCGCCGAUUUCAGCACCAACCAAAACAGUACGUUUUCUAAAACGUCCGUAGCUGACCCAGAUAAGUCGCUUCAAGAGCAACUUCCUCUCAUCGUGGGGUCGGCCACUGCCGGCUUCGUCUUCAUCAUCGCUGUUGUCGUGAUAGCCAUCGUCUGCCUCAGGAAGCAGAGGAACGGCUCAGAGUCCGAGUACACAGAGAAGCUGCAGCAAUACAAAUCCCCUAUAGUCACGCCGGGAAUGAAGGUCUAUAUCGACCCCUUCACCUACGAGGACCCUAACGAGGCGGUGCGCGAGUUCGCCAAGGAGAUCGACAUUUCCUGCGUGAAGAUCGAGGAGGUCAUCGGCGCAGGUAACCAACAAAAGCUCCUGAGCUACAGGGGGAAGAAUGCUAGUCACCUCCAGGCCAUUCCCUUAGAGGACUUCACGCCAAGCGGCCCUCGACGCAAAGCGUCCGCGGCGCACAGGCCCCCGAAACUCCUCACGCCUCCCGUCUCCUCCUGCUCCGCCCAUACCCUCGACCCCUCCGAAGCCUGACCCCGCCCCCAUUCC